GGACGAGCGAGGGAGUUUACUGUGUGUAUGACACUGAGAGGAAAGUCUUUGGAGAGCUAGCAGCCUGCUGUUUCGCCUUCGACUCCGGUUGCUCGUGACAGCUGUAGCCAUGCAGGCUGAAUCAGGAAUUGUGGCAGAUUUCGACGUAGGCGAAGACUUUCACGAAGAGCCGAAGACGUAUUAUGAGCUGAAGAGUCAACCUUUAAAUUACAGCAGUUCAGGCGAGCAUCACGGAGCAUCGAAGCCUCCACUAAGCUCCUCCAGCAUGACAUCACGGAUUCUGCUACGGCAGCAGCUGAUGCGUGAGCAGAUGCAAGAGCAAGAGCGCCGCGAGCAGCAACAGCAGAAGCAGCAGGCAGCUCAUUUCAUGCAACAUAGAGUGCCAGCAAACCACACACCAGCCAUCAACGUCAGCGUGUCCACCAGCCUGCCCGCUCCUGCCCAGGUACCAAUGGAAGUUCUCAAGGUGCAGACCCACCUUGAAAAUCCAACCAAGUACCAUAUCCAGCAGGCUCAGAAACAGCAGGUGCAACAAUACCUGACCACCACCAAGCAUCCCAACAAAGCACUAAGCUUGCCCUGUCCGAACCAGCAAGGAGACCACAUGAUGCCACCAGGGAACAGUGCACCCAACAGCCCAAUGGCUAUGCUGACUCUUAGCACAAACUGUGAGAAAGAGUUUUAUACUUGUAAAAAAAUCAGCCCUCUCCCCGGAAGCACAGUUGCAAAGAGGCCGUUUGGAUCCCCAUACGAGUUCACCUACCAGGACUCUGGAGCUUGCACACAGAUGGAUGAUGUAAUUGAUGACAUCAUUAGCUUGGAGUCUAGCUAUAAUGAUGAAAUGCUCAUGAUGGAUCCUGCUUUGCAAAUGGCAAGCACGAUGCCAGGGUCUGCCAAUUUGAUUGACAUAUAUGCAAAUCAAGGUAUGCUUGCUCCUAGGUUAAACAUCAGUUAUUCUUGCCCAGCUAAUCUUCCAAAUAUCAAAAGGGAGUUUACAGAGUCAGAAGCAAGAGCGAUGGCCAAGGAAAGACAGAAGAAGGACAAUCACAAUCUAAUUGAACGAAGAAGAAGAUUUAACAUCAACGACCGUAUCAAAGAAUUAGGAACUUUAAUACCCAAGUCAAAUGACCCGGAUAUGAGGUGGAACAAGGGAACCAUUUUGAAAGCCUCUGUGGACUAUAUACGCAAACUUCAGCGAGAGCAGCAGAGAUCGAAGGAGCUUGAGAACAAACAGAAGAAGCUUGAACAUGCCAACAGACACCUGCUGCUCAGAAUACAGGAACUGGAAAUGCAAGCCAGAGCCCACGGACUCUCCAUCAUGCCUUCUACAGGUCUCUGUUCUUCUGAUCUGGUCAAUCGAGUCAUCAAGCAGGAGCCAAUUUUGGACAGCUGCAACCAAGAUAUUAUGCAAAACCAUCAUGAUUUGUCUGGCACCAGCACCCUGGAUCUCACAGACGGUACCAUCACUUUUAGUAACAACAUUAGGAACAUUAACGACUCCCCCACCGCCUACAGCAUGCCCACGAAGAUGGGCUCCAAACUGGAAGACAUAUUCAUGGACGAUACCCUUUCCCCAAGAGUACAUGACACACUUCACUCAGUAUCUCCGGGUGCCUCCAAAACAAACAGCAGAAGGAGCAGCAUAAGCAUGGAAGAAAACGACCAUCACUGUUAGCAUCGCCUCAGUGCUCUUUCUUAUAGACUUCAUAUCCUGUAUUAUUUUUGGAGCAUUAGAUUUCUAGAUAGCUCAUUUUCAUAGAAGUUUUUCUGCAUUUCAUCCAUAGGCCAGCACUUAUGCUUUGUUUUUUUUAAUUUUUUUAUUUUGUAAAGUUUUUUUUGUGUAUAUUAUUACUUGCGUUGCCUCCAAAGUAUUCUGCAAGAUCAAUACAGUUUUGUACUCUUAUGGACACAAUGGAUUGUCUUAUCUAUUUAAAACAAGCGUGGACAACUUAGGGCUUUUCUGAGGUUGACUAAAUCCUAGUCUGUGCAU